AGUUCCAAAGUGCUUGCAAAGAAGGAGCUCUCGUACAUGCCUAUCAUUGGCUGGAUGUGGUAUUUCCUAGAGAUAGUCUUCUGCAAGCGUAAGUGGGAGGAAGAUCGUAAAACAGUCAUGCAGAAGUUGCUGAAUCUCCGGGACUACCCUGAAAACUUUUGGUUCCUGAUUCAUUGUGAGGGUACAAGGUUCACAGAACAGAAGCACCAGAUUAGUAUGCAGGUAGCUGAAGCCAAAGGCCUGCCCAAGCUCAAGUAUCACCUACUGCCACGAACGAAAGGAUUUGCUGUCACCGUGCAGUGUUUGAGAAAUGUAGUUUCUGCAGUCUAUGAUUCUACUCUCAAUUUUAGAAAUAAUGAGAAUCCAACAUUGCUGGGAGUUCUAAAUGGAAAGAAAUACCAUGCAGAUUUAUAUGUAAGGCGGAUUCCGCUAGAGCAAGUCCCAGAAGAUGAGCAGGAGUGUUCUAACUGGCUCCACAAAUUAUAUCAAGAGAAGGAUGCAUUCCAGGAAGAGUACUACCGAACAGGAACCUACCCAGCAGUCCCUAUAGUACCAGCCCGACGACCAUGGACGCUUUUGAACUGGCUUUUCUGGGCCUUAUUGCUGCUAUAUCCUUUAUUCAAGCUGCUCAUCAACAUGAUCAACAGUGGGUCAUCACUGACACUGGCUAGUUUUGCAUUUGUCAUUGUAAUGG